UAGUGAGUGAACGACGGCUUAUUCACAUUCCAGUGUAACAAGAUCGCCACGCAAGCAGAUCUAGAACAUCUUCCGUUAUAACGCGAUCCGACUUGGGGGCAGUAGCGUUUGAGUGCGAGAACAAGAACUCCAAUAGCCACAAAAAGAAAAUUCAGGCGUCCAGCUUUCUAAGCGAACACUAGUGGUCAAGAACACAAAAUGACGACAAGGGAUGAAGAGAAAAAACUACCAGUAGAACACGAUCAGGAAAACAACUUGACGGUGCUCAGUCCUGGUAAUAAUAAUAAAAACGCUCGAUCUCGAAGGAAAGCACUUGGCCUCGCGUAUGUUGUUGAUGAAAACCCACCAUGGUACGCCUGCCUUUCGCUCGGAUUCCAACAUUACCUGACGAUGUUGGGCGGAACUCUUUCCAUUCCAUUUAUCUUGAGUGGACCUAUGUGCUUCUCUAACAACCCUCUAGUCGUCGCGGAGGUUCUCUCCACUAUCUUUUUCGUCUCGGGUAUUUCCACCCUUCUGCAGACGACCUUCGGCGUCAGGCUUCCAAUCAUCCAAGGGGGAACAUUUUCGUUCCUGGCGCCGACUUUUGCCAUCUUGUCGCUCCCGCAAUUCAAGUGUCCAGCGAGUACAGUUUUAGAAGGCUUGAACGCAACAGCUAACGCAACAAUAGACAAAAGCGGUGAUUGGAGGAUACGAAUGCGAGAGAUCCAAGGUGCCAUCAUGGUCUCCUCCUUGUUCCAAAUCUUCAUCGGAUUUUCAGGAGUCAUGGGAUUCCUGUUGCGCUUCAUUGGACCAAUCGCUGUGGCGCCUACUAUCACUCUGAUUGGCUUAUCGCUAUUCCAUGUCGCCGCAGAGCAUGCUGGUAAUCAUUGGGGAGUCGGUUUCAUGACCGUGUCUCUCAUCACGAUCUUCUCUCAAGUCUUGACCAACAUCAAGGUUCCUAUUCCCGCGUACAGUAGAGAGAAGGGCUACUACACUGCACACUACCCGGUAUUCAGACUGUUCCCGAUCAUUCUAGCAAUCUUCGUGUCGUGGGUGAUCUGCGCUAUCAUCACGGCUGCGGGGGGAUUCCCGGAUGACCCCAAGAACCCAAACUUUCUCGCAAGGACAGACGCGCGGACGAUUGUUUUGCGAGAGAGUAACUGGUUCAGGUUCCCUUACCCAGGUCAAUGGGGCACGCCCACCGUUAGUGCCGCAGGGGUGUUUGGGAUGCUGGCCGGUGUCUUGGCCUCAAUCAUAGAGUCCGUGGGCGACUACUACGCAUGCGCUAGAUUAUGCGGAGCACCUCCUCCCCCUAAGCAUGCCGUCAAUCGCGGGAUCGGUGUGGAGGGCAUUGGGUGUCUCAUCACCGGACUGUGGGGGAGUGGUAACGGGACUACGUCAUACAGCGAGAAUAUUGGGGCACUUGGCAUCACAAAGGUUGGCAGUUUGCGUGUGAUCCAGUACGCAGGCCUGAUUCUUGUGGUUAUGGGCGUGGUCGGUAAAAUAGGCGCUCUUUUCACCACCGUACCUGACCCUAUUGUAGGCGGGGUCUUUAUGGUGAUGUUUGGGAUGGUAGCGGCGGUAGGGAUCUCCAACUUGCAGUUUAUCAAUCUCAACUCUUCGCGUAAUCUCUUUAUCAUCGGUGUGUCUCUGAUGCUUGGCUUCGCGUUGCCAUGGUUUUUGAAUAAGCACCCCGAAGCCAUAAAAACAGGUUCACAAGGGAUCGACCAAAUCGUCACAGUCCUUCUCAAGACCAGCAUGGCAGUGGGAGGAAUAACUGGACUCAUCCUGGACAACGCCCUGCCAGGAACACCAGAAGAGCGCGGUAUUCUCUUGUGGCGUAAAAUUGUCACCGAGGGGGGUGAUGAGAGUAACCAAGUGGCUUCGUUUCAUAUAUAUGACCUACCUUUUGGAUUGAAUCGCUUGUGCAAGUUUAAGAUAGCGAAGUAUCUCCCAUUCGUACCAUAUUACCCAGUCUCCUUGCACGAUGAGUCCGAGGAGGCGACAGUAGGUAUGAUGGAAGGCAAAGAACCGUAAGAGCUUGAAAGAGUGAGACACGGACAAGCAUGGAACAGGGACAACAGUGUCAAAAAGUAUCAAACAGGAAUACAUAAAAAGCGUUAAACAGGCAAGAGGAGUAUAUAUUCUUUUAAUAAAAUGUAUUUUAUCCGGGGGGGAGACUCUCUAGAAAAGUAGACGGGGGUGCUCGACCUAUCUUUUAGGGUGUAAAACUCUUACCAACUGCUAUCUCUUAGGGGGUGUUAACAUAACAAUACAGGAUCCGUCAACCAAUUCAAACGGGCAUUAUUUUUAAUGCUAUCUCUUAGAGUUAAAGAUUCCUUCGACCACACCUAAUGUGUUAUCUCUUAGGGGUAAGAAUUGUUGUUGACCACUCUCGAGCACCCCUGUCUGUUUUUCUCGAAGUCCCCCUGGGAUAUUUUGCAUUUAGGCUAACACACAAUUUAUCUACUGUAAAUGAUCGAAUAAACGCCCGGGAUAAUUAUUUAAUUUCGAUGAUCCGAGUGCCCUAGGGGGGGGGAGGCGUUCAAUAGAGAGAAGGCGUUUAUUAGAGAGGGGCGUUAUUUACAAACUAUGAAAAUAUAACAAACCCAAGUGCAGUGGGGUUCUAGUCUCAAUCAGGAUCACGUUAAAUUAUAGCCUUUGUAACAAGCACUUUUUGACAUUGAGCCAGUAGAAGCCAAGCUCCGAUUAAACAAGAAGGCAAUUUAAUUUGGUUUCUAUUACCGGAAUUCCUAUGUCGUUUGUUUUUAAGCUGGGAGGUAGGGGGGGCGUUUAAUGCAAACUUGUUAGCUUAAGGGGGAUCGUUUAGGGUAUCUGUACAAAAGCGACGGCUUGUCCCGUUUCUUUAAGGAUAUUAAAAUCAUCAUUUCAUACU